AUGCCCAGGCCUUCUGAUACAUUUAAUUCCUCUUUCUGCAACCGUUCUUUUCUCGGGCACGAUAGCUAUUUUAUCAGCCACGGUUCUGAGUGCGUUUUUGGUACAACAUCUUUAUACCGGCCUCUGACCUACUCGACAAAUGUCCUCAUUCACCCCCAAAAGACCCUCCAGCAGCCUGCCUCUUGGCCAUUUGAUCAGGAGCAAGGCCCCGCUCCGCCAACUGGAUCCCAUCUUCUACACCAUAAUAUCAGUCUCUUUAUUGAACAUCUUCAUACGAGACUUGGCUUUGGGCCUGUGACCCAGCAAACAAACUCUCGGCCAUAUUUUGGGGCACAGUCCCCCAUGGCCACCACGCCAGAAACAAUUGUGGCCACCAUGGCCGCAAUAUCCAGGACCAUUCUUGGUGAUGCUGAUGAUGGUGCGCUCGUGCAGCAGCAGCAGCCGUAG